UAAGAAGCUAACACGCUCAAGCUUUAUUUGAUAAUAUCUACAUAUAUUAUAAUAUUGUCAUUCUUUCCAUUCCAAGUGACCGACCAUUAUAAUGAAUACCAACAACGUGAUCCUCCAGGUUGCAAUCUUCCUCCUCACCAAUGUCGUAUUGUUCAUAUCCUCGGCGUCAAUUCGGACUCAAUGUAAAAUACCAAAAGACUUGAAAGUCCAAUACGAGAAACUAUCCAGCGCAGCGAUCGGCAAUAACUUUUUUCUACCAGCUGAAAUAGCUCCAGCGGGAAGUGACCAACAAGAACUGACCGAAGGGGAUAAAACUUGCCCAAAAUCUUCUGUAUCUACUGAUAUCAUCCGCGAACGUUCAACCUGCCCAUGGUACCUGAAAAUUACCCACAAUUCGACAUAUUUUCCUCCAUCACGCACUGAAGUCGUGUGUCGCUGUACAGACUGCCUGGACUCUGAGAGUAACCACCAAUGUGUGAUGGUAUAUACUCCAACGACUGUCCUGAAACGUACAGUCGAAUGUAUUGAUGGACUCUACGUUUAUCAACCAAGUGUCAUCCAUGUAGCCACAGCCUGUGUGUGUGCACGGAAAAUCGAUGUAAUACCCGGAGGAAAUGAAGAUGAAUAUGAAACAUAAUAUCGGCCAAAAUCAUCAAACAUCCAAUUGUGUGUAACACAAAAGUUUUUCAUAAUGUUAUGGAAGUUUCAGUAAACCACUGUGUGGUUGUUAUAAGUAACACAUACGAAACAUGUACACACACGAUAAAUCAUACAAACGCGUAUAUGCAAAUAUGCAUUCUCUCUCUCUCUCUCUUUCUAUUUCUUCCUCUCUCCCUCUUUUCUCACAGAC